CCACGUGGAUGUGGAGCUGUGAGGAUAUGACGCGCUCUCAGUGUCUGCCUCGCUUUCCACAUAAAGCCAGACUCAUCACAAAACCCGAAUUCAAACGAGACCAACUGAAGAAUCAGAAAACCGGGAAAAUAGUCUGCAUUGAGGCAUAAACCGGUUUUAGAUAACAUUUUCUCAUACAGAGAGCGGUAAACUGGGUUUUCCAUUCUGACGCGCAUCAGCUCCAGAAACACGCGUGCUCAUCUACAGAGAAGGUCGUGUUUGUGUAUUUCCCUUUCCAGUAUGGCAGACUAUCUGAUAAGUGGAGGAACGGGCUAUAUCCCUGAUGACGGACUGUCUGCCCAGCAGCUCUUCUCUGUUGGAGAUGGUCUCACUUACAAAUCAGAACAGCAGUCUGUCCGAGACGGACUCACGGCGGAAGAGCUUUGCUCUAUGGGGGACGGUAUGACUUACAAUGACUUCCUGAUCUUGCCCGGCUUCAUUGACUUCACCUCAGAUGAAGUGGACCUGACCUCGGCAUUGACCAAGAAGAUCACACUGAAGACCCCACUCAUCUCCUCUCCUAUGGAUACUGUUACUGAAUCCUCAAUGGCCAUCGCCAUGGCACUCAUGGGAGGAAUUGGCAUCAUUCACCAUAACUGCACCCCAGAGUUUCAGGCCAACGAGGUGCGCAAAGUGAAGAGGUUUGAGCAAGGUUUCAUCACUGAUCCAGUGGUCCUGAGUCCUCGUCACACUGUAGGGGAUGUACUUGAAGCAAAAGUUCGACACGGAUUUUCUGGAAUCCCCAUAACUGAGACGGGCAAGAUGGGCAGCAAACUGGUCGGCAUCGUCACAUCACGAGACAUCGAUUUCCUGUCUGAGAAAGAUAAUAACAAACCCCUAGAGGAGGCCAUGACUAAAAGAGAGGAUCUUGUUGUUGCUCCUGCUGGUGUCACACUGAAAGAGGCCAAUGAUAUCCUGCAACGCAGCAAAAAAGGUAAGCUGCCCAUUGUGAAUGACAAGGAUGAACUGGUGGCCAUAAUAGCCCGCACAGACCUGAAGAAGAACAGGGACUAUCCUCUGGCCUCCAAAGAUUCUCGCAAACAGCUGUUGUGUGGUGCCGCUAUCGGCACCCGUGAAGAUGACAAAUACCGCCUGGAUUUGCUCACGCAGUCUGGGGUAGAUGUAGUAGUUCUGGAUUCGUCACAAGGCAACUCUGUAUACCAGAUUAAUAUGAUCCAUUACAUCAAGCAAAAGUACCCAGAGCUGCAGGUUGUGGGUGGAAAUGUGGUUACAGCUGCUCAGGCCAAGAACCUGAUAGACGCUGGUGUGGAUGCGUUGAGAGUGGGAAUGGGCUGUGGUUCAAUCUGCAUCACACAGGAAGUCAUGGCAUGUGGACGACCUCAGGGCACCUCCGUGUAUAAGGUGGCAGAAUACGCUCGAAGGUUUGGGGUGCCAGUCAUUGCAGAUGGGGGAAUUCAGACGGUCGGCCAUGUGGUGAAGGCCUUGUCCCUGGGGGCAUCGACAGUUAUGAUGGGAUCUCUGCUGGCCGCCACCACAGAAGCUCCAGGCGAGUAUUUCUUUUCUGAUGGGGUGCGACUGAAGAAAUACAGAGGAAUGGGCUCACUAGAUGCCAUGGAGAAGAACACCAGCAGCCAGAAACGAUACUUCAGUGAGGGUGAUAAGGUGAAGGUGGCUCAAGGAGUGUCGGGCUCAGUGCAGGACAAAGGCUCAAUCCAUAAAUUUGUCCCAUACCUCAUCGCUGGAAUCCAACACGGCUGCCAAGACAUUGGCGCGAAAAGCCUCUCUGUGCUCCGCUCCAUGAUGUAUUCCGGAGAGUUGAAGUUCGAGAAGAGGACCAUGUCUGCUCAGGUGGAGGGUGGCGUACAUGGACUUCACUCUUAUGAGAAACGUCUUUACUAAUGGAAUGGGCAGAACACAGAUGGGAACAAACGCCUCAGACAAAUCCUAGAACUUAGCCCACCCUGCCAGCACCCCUUCUCUGCUCUUCACCGUUCCUCAGGCACAACCACCACAGUGAGAGAUGGAGAAGUAUUAAAUGAGUUUGAGAGCAGGACCUCAAACUAAUUCAGUCCCCAAAAACAUGGGAGCAUCAGGGUUGCCAAAAAGCUGCCUGUGUGUUUUUGCAUCUGUGUUUAUGAGCAGAACAGCAAAAACAAGGUGGCAUUUGGAGCAAAUAUUCUUCAAAGCCUUUUUUUUUUUUUUCUCCCUAACUGAUGCAAUCAUGUUGCUGCAUCAAUGUCUAUAUCUCCAUAUCCACCUGCAAAAUGAUGACUGCCGUGAAACCAAGUGCUCCAGCUAUACUUGAGGCAAUCUUUUCUGUAGUAGAUUUGUAACUACUGAAGAUGCUUUAUGAUAUAUUUUUAUUUUAGAAGGCAGAAAACAGAUGUAUGUAGAAAAUGUGAUAGUUAAAUGUCAGUGAGACAGACUUCUCUAUGUCCAUCAUACCGCUUCCUGUAACUGGGUACGAUUCAUAUUGAAAAUAAUUAUACCAAAACCGAUAUCUGUAGAUAGACAUAGUUGCUCUGAGAGUGUCUUGCUAUUGUGUCCAGAUUACAUUUUUGCUGAACAGGUACAAAGAGUUUUAAUUUGCAUGCUGUGGUUUUUUCUAUUUUUUUUUUUAUUAUUAUUAUUAUUUACGUAACUGCCAAGUGCAUUUUUUUUUUUUUUAACUGACAAUUUAAUCUUAUAUAAAAGCCAAAUAAAUGCUGUGAGUAUCCUAGAAAUGUUUGUCCAUGUCAUCCAAACGUCCCCUACAGCUUUGUGUGUUGGGUGAACCGGUGACAUGCCUUAAAUUGUGUAAUAAAUGAAGGACACAUUUGUCUUAACCCAAAAAACAAAACGCCACUCGUGCUCGCCAAAUCCUAUGGCUUCAUGAAACUAUCACUGCCAAAUGAAGCAUGUCAUCCAUACGAAUUUAAAUGCGUUUUCAGUACUAUUCGUUUUGAUUUUUGCAUUUUCCAGUAGAGGGUUUUGUUGUUUAGAAAUCAUGCUUUCUGUACCUUAGCAUUGGAUGUGUGGAAAAUUAUCCACGCAAAAUUCUCAGUAUAAUGAUGUACAAAGACACGGUUUACAUCCUUUAGUCAACUGGAUGUUGCUUGUAUGUUGCUUUGCCCACACUCAAGAACUCAAGAGCCAAGUUUGUUUACCACAGUGUACUCAACUGAGAUUGCUUAUCCUGUUCAAUAUUGUUGAAAAAAAGAGAAAAAAAAUAAAUAAAAAUAAACUUG